AUGAAUUCAUCAACGCCACUUUCCUCCCCAUCUCCGUCCUCUGUCUCCUCGUCGACGUCACACUCGCAGCAUGGAGAUCAGAUAACACGCACUGUGGAGGACAACCAUCUGGCCGCUCCUCCGGUCACCUCUGCUCCUGCUCCUGGACCUCCCAACACCGCCUCUUCCGUCGCCACUACUACUUCGCUGCUCUCGGCUGCCUCCUCUGCCGCUCCCCCUCAAAAGCCUCCCAAAGCAAAGAUGGCCAACCGGCUCAGUCGCAUGUUCUCUCAAACUCGCUCUUCGGCACCAUCUGCGUCAGUCUCCCCCAGUAGACAGAAUGUCGACUCGUCGCCAAAGCAGAAUGGAAACUCAGCUGUCACUUCCAACAUGAAGACGCCUCCCUCAUCUUCUCCAGCUACAGGCCCAGCAGACCGAAAAAUAGACCAGAAGCUUGCCGAGAAGAAACCAGACGGGAAAUCCGCAGACAAAAAGGCAGACAAGGGCAAGGAUGCUGUUCAACCGAUCAAGCGAUUCGAGUUACUUGCAGACGGAACGCACAAGCACACUCUCAAAUCGGCCAGGCGCCAGGAAAAGCUCUCGGACAUGCUACGUGAGAUGAUCGGGGCCGGAAAGAAGAAGGACGAUGCCGGUGCCCACGCACAGGGCCAGGGUGACGACCAGCAACAGCUCUCUCUCGUCUCCACCUGGGUCGACCAGCUCAAGAACGAAAAGGAGAAGAUGGCAGCCGACAAGAAGGGCGGACCAAACAGCACGGCCUCUCUUGUCGACAAGUAUGGCAAGUGUCAUGAAAUCGUCGGACGCGGUGCUUUCGGAAUCGUCCGCAUCUCCCACAAGAUCGAUCCCAAGGACUCCAAGACGGAACACGUCUAUGCCGUCAAGGAAUUCCGCCGUCGACCCCAGGAAACUGUCAAGAAAUACCAGAAGCGUCUCACAUCUGAAUUCUGCAUCUCUUCUUCUCUCCGCCAUCCGAACAUCAUCCAUACCCUCGAUCUCAUGCAGGACGCCAAGGGUGACUACUGCGAGGUUAUGGAAUACUGCGCGGGAGGAGAUCUCUACACUCUCAUUCUCUCCGCUGGCAAACUCGAGGUCGGCGAGGCUGACUGCUACUUCAAGCAACUAAUGCGCGGAGUCGAAUACAUGCAUGAAAUGGGCGUUGCCCAUCGAGAUCUGAAACCCGAAAACCUCUUACUCACAACGCACGGUGCACUCAAGAUCACGGAUUUCGGCAACGGGGAGUGUUUCCGCAUGGCCUGGGAGAAAGAGGCGCACAUGACCGCGGGCUUAUGUGGGUCUGCACCAUAUAUCGCACCCGAAGAGUACGUGGAUAAGGAGUUCGACCCAAGAGCUGUAGAUCUUUGGGCUACUGGCGUCAUCUACAUGGCUAUGCGGACCGGCAGACACCUCUGGCGCCAGGCGCAAAAGGAAGAAGACGAAUUCUACGACCGAUACCUGGAGGGUCGCAGAGAUGAAGAUGGUUAUGCACCCAUCGAGACAUUGCAUCGUGCACGCUGCAGGAAUGUCAUCUACUCCAUCCUUGACCCUAACCCUGGUCGUCGCAUCACAGCUUCCCAGGUUCUCAAGUCUGAAUGGGUCCGGGAUAUCAAGCUAUGCAAAGCUGGUGAAGAAGGCUUCUAA